AUGCGCUUCUUCGCCGUCACGCUCUGGCUUCUGCCACUGUUGCUACCCUCCCGGCGUCAUCCCAACUCAAUCCUCUUUUCCCUCCAGCGACACGUUCGACACCGACACGUCGACUUUGCCGCCUACAGCAUACAGCGAUCACAUCAUCAUACAACCAAAGAAGCAAAACCGAAAACGAAAACAUCAACACACCUCGCCGCAAUGCGCUUCUUCGCCACACUGUGCUUCCUCUCAACCCUCCUCAUCCCAUUCGCCACAGCGCAAAUGGGUCCUGAAUGCCAGUACAAGAAUAUCUGCGACUGCUGCACGCCUCAAGGGUCUGAGUCCAGUGACUCAACUGGAUACUGUCACACGAAAGACAACGGGAACACGCACUAUUGCCUGCCGCCAGCCGUGAUUUCCAACUCUCAAGGUAGCCCAACAACCCGCCUCGGUCGAUCGACGAACACUUCGAGCUCUCACUGCAACACGCCGGCAUCCACGAACGAAUCUCAAACCGGCCAAAAAGCACAAUUCGACUCUCAGCAAGCGGACUCGACCAAACAACCCAUCAAUAUGAACUUCUUCGUCUUGGCCUCCACGCUGCUACUUGCGCUUCGCGCUUGCGCAGCGCCAAUACCCGUCAAGGCACCGGAUGCCUCUCUUUCACCCGACCCGGAUUGCGAUCUCGCCAAUAAUUGCGGUGGUCGCGCUUGA